AUGGCAUUUCGAUUGGGAUAUUGUUGUAAACCAAAACCAAAUCCAAAGUGGAUAUGGUAUUUUAAAAUAGGACUUCUACAAUAUUCGUGGAUUACACCAAUAUGUUCUGGUAUAGCCGUUGUUUUAAAUUUAGCGAAUGUUUAUAGUAAUGGUCUAUGGAAAUUUAAUCAAGGUUAUCCAUAUAUUACAAUUAUUAUUACUAUUAGUCAAACAUUAGCUCUUUACUUUUUAAUAACGUUCUAUAGUAAUAUGAAAGAUGAAUUGAAACCAUUUCAACCACUGGCAAAAUUUAUUACGAUAAAGCUUCUUGUUUUCUUUAUAUUUUGGCAGUCAGUUCUAAUGAGUGGUCUUGCAGCUGCUGGAGUACUUCGAAAUACUCGAUGCGAUUCUCAAGUUAAUGUCUAUUGUCAUGGUUCAACAACAGGAUUUACAGUUGAACAAGAAAAAAUUUUAUUAGAAAAUAUAUUAAUAUGUGUUGAAAUGUUCUUUUUUUCAAUCGCUCAUCAUUGGAUCUUCAGUUGGAAACCUUAUGCAAAUGGAACGUUCACUAAUAUCAUCGAAUCUCGAUCUAUUCAAAUAAUCAAUAAAAAUAAUGAGAUUGAUGAACAAUUUGCUACAACAUAUUUUUAA